CAAAACUUUAACAUAAGGUCUUAACCCUUUGUAAACACGUGCAUAAAAAUAGCUAUGCUCCAGGGUUAAAGGUAGGCAAGUCCUUUACAGAUGACCUUGGUUGCGACAUUGUUAUUGAAUGUAUGUGUACGUCGUGCAAUCGGGAACUGUAUACAGAGCCUAUAGCCACGAAUCAAAACAAAAAACAUGGCCCUUUCGGCUGUACGAUGUUCGGCUGUAAUAAAUGCCAGUAAGGCCCUACGGAUGCGCUGCACAACAGACUUUGUAAGAAGAGCCACGGUCCCUGCUGAACGUUUGACUGAGAGAGUUGUCGGUAGAGUCAAGUUCCUCGGCCUAAGACAAAUAUAUCCUAGUUUUCUGCAACGCUUUUCACCAUGGUUAGGGCGAGAUUGUAUGUUUUCUACAAGGCCCGCUCGAUAUUCAACUCAAUCUACCGAGCAGGAUAAACCGUCGCCUCUAAAAUUCAACGAAGUGACGAGGGACGAUUCAGCCCGAUGGUACCGGAUGGGAGUAGACAGCGGGUAUGAGGGUAGAUACCCAUACGUCUGGUUGAGGGAUAACUGCCGAUGCUCUCAGUGUUACCACCCAUCGUCCUGGCAAAGGUCUUCUGAAGUGGCUGACUUGGAUCCAGACGCGAUACCAUCAAGCGAGGAGCUAACCGACGAUGGCAGAGUCUUGAGGGUCAUCUGGCCCGAUGGGCACCGCAGUGAGUUCAGCGCCGAGUGGCUAAAUCGCCAGCGGUUCUCGGAGUCCGAGAAAGACGUGGUGAGUAGUCCGGAGUUGCAAACAUGGGCAGGAGAAUUGAACGGGAACAUACCGACUUUUAAGUUCGAGGAACUGAUGAAUGAAGACGAGGAGUUGUACAACUGGCUGAAUGUUCUGAACACCAAAGGGCUAGCAGUUGUCAGUGGAGCGCCAACGGAAACAGGUGUCGUCCAGAGCUUGGCUGAGAGGGUAGCAUUUGUGAAGACGACAAUUUACGGUGAUACAUUUCAAGUGUUUAGCAAGCAUGAAGCAAGUAAUCUGGCCUACACCCCCAAAUCCCUUUGUCUACACAUCGAUCUACCGUAUUAUAAAUACACACCGGGUAUCCAGAUGCUUCACUGUAUUGAGCAGGCAGACUGCGCUGGAGGUCAGAAUCAGUUUGUAGAUGGUCUCAAUGUAUCACUCCAGGUCAAGAAGGAGUUUCCCGAUACUUACAAAUUCCUUAGAACACACGAACUGGAUUUCAGAGAUGCUGGUGUGGACUACCGAACGUACCACAUGAAGUAUAGAAGACCCGUCAUUGAGCACGACAAGUACGGUGAUUUUCUGUGUGUAAAUUACAACGACCACGUGAGGGCGCCCUACAUGAGUCUUCCGGUGGAGAAAGUGACUGAGAUGUACAAGGCCAUCAAGAUUUUCAAUCAAGUCAUGUAUCGACCAGGUAACUUCGUUCAGCAUCGGCUUGCUGCAGGUGAAAUAGCAACUUUCAACAACGGUCGAGUUCUUCAUGGCCGGAGUGGCUUCACCAUCACGAAGGCCGGCAACCGACAUCUCGAGGGCACCUACUUUGACUGGGACGAAACGUAUUCACGCAUGCGUAUUAUUCGAGAGAAGCUAUUUGGUGAUGAGCGUCUUUAGUUUUGGGUGUUUGUUUAAACCAUUUUAAUCGGCCUUUCCCACGGAUAUACGCCUUAUCGCAAAUACUCGGUAGGCGCGCUGUAUGCGUUAAAUGAGGUGCAUGCAGCUAGUCUAGCUAGCGCCCAAAUUGUGAUGUGACUUGGUUGUCUAUUUGUUCUGGUCUAUUGUUCUGGUUAGCACAGUUUUGUUAUACAAAGGUUAGCGCCGUUUUAUUGUACUAUGUUGGUGUGCUUAAGCAGCUCUAUAAAAUUGGGACCAGUUGGCCGACACACAAACAAUGUCUGCGCUAGGAACCAACCUCGAGCCCAGUACAAACAGGGCCCAAUUUCAUAGAGCUGCUAAGCACAACAAUUUGCUAAGCUCGAAAUUUCUUUCUGGAUUCAAACGGAUUACCAAACAAAAUGUUCACGUGAUUUUCAGGAUAACCAAACAACAGCUGAUUACCAGUAACAAACAAUAUGCAGCAAAUGGAAAUUUAAUUGGUAUAGGCCUAUUUUCCUAUUUAAAACCGAGGAAGAAAUUUCAUGCUAAGCAAUUUAUUGUGCUUAGCGGCUCUGUGAAAUUUGGCCCCGGUGAGAUGUAAUCCUCAGUUUCCCCACAAGUAAGCCAUUCGAUGUGCAAUUUACACGUUUCAUUAUGGGACACUGCACACACUCACUCGAACCCACCGGCCAACAUGGCAAUUAAGCUUUUAGUUAACAUUAAUUUCGUUUUUGUGUAUAUCUUGUUUGUUUAUGUGAAUGCAUUUCUGGUUCGCAGUUCAUGAAAUCCCAGCAAAUCAAACGUAUUAUAUUGAAGCUGUAUAUUUCUAAACAAAGACACUGACUUUAUGUCCUCAGUAAGUCAAAAAAGACUAGUUUAAACCUGUAGCGAUUUGCAUAAGUGAGAGACAUAUAAGUUGGUGAAUUUAAUUAUCUUGUUUGUUAAAACGAAUGCAUCGCUUGUGAUCAGUUUAUUUUAAAUCUUCGGACAGAAAUUCUUUAAAGUUUUAAAAACUGUCAUUAAAGCGAUGUGCCCUCCCAGAC